AUGGGCGACGAUUGUUUUAUAUGCAGCAAAACGUUAAGUGAAGGAGAAGUGAUUACGGUGAAAAAAAAACGGAUUGAAACACUUAUAAAAGCCAGUGUGAUAAGGGGACAUAAGGAACAUGAGCGCAUGUUAACGUCUCUAUCGAGUAUAAGGGUACAUUCUUCGUGUCAAAGACAUUAUGGAGAUGAGAGAGCUGCUGCAGCUGUUGUACGGCGAAGUUUGUCGUCAGACUCUUCGUCGUCAUUGCCAUCAUUGACACCUUUACCCGUACCAGAAGAAGAGGAAUUCGAUUUCAAAAAUGCGUGCUUCAUUUGCACCGAAAAUAUCCCCGAAAACGUCCAAGAAACCAACCAACGCGUACGCCUCAAGCAACGAAUUCGAAUAAGUACGGUGAGGUCAUUUUCAGCGGUGAAAAAAUCUAUGUUGUCGAUCUUAAAGAGCCGAAAUGAUGAGGUGUCUCAGUCGGUUAAUGACCGCAUUGAAAAAAUCUCCAGAUUUGCUUUCGCUAAGUGA